AUGGCGACUUCAGUAGACCAUCUGCCUUCGGCGCUGUUCGCAAUCCAUCAGCCAGCCCCAGUGCCGGUACUAUUCGAAGAAUUCAGUCUUCCCAACGGGAACCAGAGGGUAUUGGGUCAGCCACACCCCGAAGGAAUUGUGAGUCCGCUGGCGCUGCGCCCACUACUAUCAAGUAGCGAGGACCUCAGCCUGGACAAGGCCAUUGAGACUAUCAAGGCCCUACAAGCCCAAGACGGUAUCUUGACCCGGAAGCUGGCGUUGCAUGGGACGGUGCUGUUCCGCGGCUUGCCCAUACGCAAUGCUGAGGAUUUCAGCAGGUUUGCUCACGCUUUUGGCUUCAAGCCGCACGAGAUCAUUGGAAUCGUGGUGAAUCGCCCGCUCUUAGCGCCCAAUGUAGCUCCGGCCAACGAAGCGCCCAAGGAGAUGCUCAUCUACAGCCACAACGAGUCGCCACAGGUCCCCCAUGCGCCUGAAUACAUAUUCUUCUAUGGCCACCAGGCCCCUGUCACCGGCGGCGAGUCGCCCAUUUCAUCCUCGUUGGAGCUGUUUCACCGUGCCCAACAAGAAAUUCCCGCAUUCGUCUCGGAGCUCGCUGCCAAGGGCAUCCUGAGCCGCGUCACCUAUAAGUUCGACAAACAGUAUGAGGGCGGCUCGACGCUUCGCCAAGCCUUUGGGAAGGAGAUUGAAGACGGCGACGAUGAGGUCACGCGGCGCGCCAAGAUCGAGGCGCAGAUUCGUCGCUAUGGCCGCGGCGAACACACCACCUGGGAAUGGACCGACGAGGGCAUUGUCUUGACACAUCGGCUCCCGGCCAUCCGUACCCAGCCGGAGACGGGCCUGCCCACUUUGUUUACAGGGCUCGCGGCCUAUUACAAGAACAACAAGCUCAACAGCCCUACAGCCACCGCUCGCAAGAACGCGACGCAGCAGCUGUACGGCGACGGCACGCCCAUCCCGGACAAGUAUCUCGAACACCUAGCUAACAUCACCGACGAAAUUCGUGUGCUGCACAAGUGGCAGCAGGGCGACGUGCUUGUCUAUGACAACAUCAUUGCGCAGCAUGGUCGGCAGCCCUGGGAAGGGGAGCAGUCCGAUCGCGUAGUUUUGGCGAGCCUAUUUGACGGCGAUAGUGUUCCUGGUGCAUAUGGUAACCAGGACUGGGCCCAGGUGGUACAGGCAUUAGCUGGAUAA